CAGGACGGCGGUCAAUACAGUUGUAGGGACACCACUCGCGCAUGCGGCGCUCCCUUUAUCCAACAAUCAGGUGUAAAAGCGACAUGGCCGACAGCGAGUUUGAAGAAUUUCGUCGUGUAUUCGACAGAUUACCUCAGCAUAUAAAGGCCCCAACGCCGUUCUAUUCGUUAGUGCCAAAUGUGGGUUUGGAUGAUGAAUCUCCAUCAUCAAAGAGCGAAGGUACUCCAGAAGAAGAUAGAGGCUGCAUUGCAGACAGCGAUGUUGCAGCUCCUGUACAAGAGGAGGUCGUAUCACCACUGCCUCAGCCUGAUUUAACAGAACAACAACGCAGCCCGAGACACCAAACAUUUACAAAUGGAGAACGAAGGAGAAGAAAACUCCCUGAGAUACCAAAAAAUAAGAAAUCAACGAUAUUAGCAAACGGGCAACCAGCCUCACUGGCAGAUGAAUUAGGGGCACUGGCUGGACUUCUAAUCAGGCCAGGAUGUCAAGGGCGACCAUUGCUAGUCCUAAAAUGCGGUUACCUACUUGACGAAGACUCCAGUCCGGACUCGGAGCGGCUUCAGAGCCUCGGAGAUGUCGACAGUGGUCACAGUACAGCCCACUCUCCAAUUGACACGGGUCCAAAAAGUAUAUCUCCAACACCAUUACAGCAAAACGUUUCGCCAUCAUCAAGUUGCAGCAUCAGUGGCAUUAACUUUGCUGGUAACAUGACGACAGUUCCCCACAGUCAACUUGAAAUGCUUGAAGCUACUCAUAGAGGCCUACAUAAGUUUAAUCCUAGACAUCAUGACGAGAUUGAAGUGGAAAUAGGAGACCCCAUUUAUGUGCAAAAAGAGGCUGAUGACUUAUGGUGUGAAGGUGUCAAUUUGAGAACAGGUCAGCAGGGUAUUUUCCCUUCAGCCUAUGCAGUAGAUAUGGACUACAAUGACUUUGAUCCAGCAAAUGCCAAAGUUAAAAGGGAGCGAUAUUUAUUAGGAUAUAUGGGCUCAGUAGAAACGUUAGCUCAUAAAGGAACGGGCGUGGUAUGCCAGGCUGUGAAGAAAAUUGUGAGCGAGUCGAAUGGUGAACCAGGAGUUCAGCCUUGCAUCCUAGAAGUAUCAGAUCAGGGUUUACGUAUGGUGGACCGAUCGAAGCCAGAUAGAACACGAAACGGUCCAUGCAUCGAUUACUUCUACUCGUUGAAGAAUGUCUCCUUCUGUGCAUUCCAUCCCCGUGAUCACAGAUACCUGGGUUUUAUUACUAAACAUCCCACGUUACAAAGGUUCGCAUGCCACGUCUUCAGGGGACAAGAGUCGACAAGACCCGUAGCAGAGGCUGUUGGGAGAGCGUUCCAGAGGUUCUAUCAGAAAUUUAUAGAAACGGCAUAUCCUAUUGAGGAUAUUUACAUAGAAUAAACACACAGCAAUAUAUAUUAUACGUAAACAUGAUAACUUAUUUGUUAUCGUUAUAAACACUAUGCCUAAGAACUGAAGAAUUAUUGGAACGAUACCUGAAUGGUAGGUAUUAUUU